GAAGAAUAAACAUUAGCAUUCACUGAAUCUAUUGCAGAAUUACAGACCAGCAAAACUACGAAUAACCAAUAAUUGAAGGGGCAAAAACUUCCACUUGGAACAAACCAGGUCCAGAAUGACGGAUGAUGUGAAGAGGUUCUUCCACAAUAUCCGGAAACGUGUAUCCGGCCUGAACUGCAUCAUCAUCACCGAUCGGGACGGUGUACCUCUGAUGAAGGUCGGUGAUGAUAAAUCUCUCGGCAUGAUUAUGAAGCCAUCGUUCCACACCACAUUCACGAUGGCGACGGAACAGUCGAACAAGCUGGGCCUCGGUCGAAAUCGAAACAUCAUCUCUAUCUAUACUGGCUACCAGGUGGUGCAGAUGAAUAAACUGCCACUGCUGGUUACCUUCAUUGGCACGGAAAGCUGUAACAUCGGCCACAUACUGGCACUCGACCAACAGAUUGAGCUGGUGCUGGAUGAGGUGAAGGUGGCCGUCACGGAAACGUGAAUACUGCUAAGCGUUAACAAAUGGUGUAAAAUGUCGCUUCAAUCCGUGGUUUGCUAGGCAGAAUGUAUGGUGGACCGUUAGUGUACCAUUCUUUUAUAAAUUUACAUUUAUUCUCGUAAUAAUGUAAACCAAACAUGCCGCGUUAAGAAAAAAAAUGUCAUGCGAUACGGUGAUACAAUAUAUAUAUAUAUAU